GCGCCAGACGAUUAAUAUAUGUUUUUAUCGUACGUGAAGUCAUGACCAUAGACGUCGAAGUCCUCCAUCCCUCUCAUCCGGGUUUCGCCGAAGAAAAUACUCCUAAGUCUUGGGAUUUUCAGUCUAAUAAAACACAGAGUAUCUAUCCAGAUAUAAUCGACAUUCGUGCUGGUGGCCAACCUCUCGACUUAAAGAGUUCGAUAAGAUCCAGUUUCCAAGAGUUGAAUAGUGAUGGCCUCCGGUCUUUCCCCUCACUUCUACUUUGGGACGAACAAGGUUUGAAAUAUUUCGAGCAAAUAACACAUAUACCGGAAUACUACUUGACAAACGCCGAGAUCAGUUUACUUGAAGCACACGGUCAUCAAAUCGCAUGUGGCAUUAAACCGGGUACGAUCCUCUUGGAGUUAGGCAGCGGCUGUCUACGAAAAGUGAACAUCUUAUUGCAGGCCCUCGAGGCCUUAGGCAAGAAAGUGGACUAUUACGCACUUGAUCUAGACCCAAAAGAGCUAGUUCGUGCUCUCCAAGAGCUCAAUCCGAGUCGGUUUAGACACGUCCAUUGCCAUGGGCUAUUAGGGGCCUAUGAGGAUGGCAUGGCUUGGCUUGGUCGGGAUACCAACGUUACGAGAUCAAAAUGUGUUCUUUCCCUUGGAUCAACCAUGGGAAGCUUCACACGUGCGGAUGCAAGCAAAUUUCUAGAGAAAUGGGCCAAGGUUUUACGACAAAAAGGAAACAAUAUGAACGAACAACCUGACGCAAAGAUGAUAAUUGGCUUGGAUGGUUGUAAGGAUGAGAAGAGAGUUCUUGCUGCAUACAACGAUCCUGGUGGUAUUAAUAAGGAAUUUAUUUUGAACGUCCUCAAAAAUGCGAAUUCGCAACUCGAAUACGAAGCGCUUAGUCAUGAAGAUUGGUCUGUGAAGGGCGAGUGGGACGCGGAUGGUGGAAAGCAUGUCCAAUAUCUUACCCCUAUAAGAGAAAUAUCAUUUGAAGGCGUACAUCUGCGUAAAGGAGAGAGAGUCCUGGUGGCUUAUAGCCAUAAGUAUGACGAUAAGGACAAGAGUCAAUUAUGGGAACGAAGCCAGUUAAAGAACGUCAUCAGCUAUACUCACAAUGACAUACCAUAUGGUACGUUUCUCAACAUAUAAAAAUCUAAUUGAAUAUGGC